GUGAUUAUCUCUUGGCCGGGGGAGCAGAGUAGCGCAGAGUAUGUUACCGAAACUACAGAGACCGUGGAGCUGAAGUUUUAAACCGGAGUGAUUCAUCAUCAUCAGUCCAGGAGAAAGCUUCAGAUCAUUCAGAGCCGCUCCUCUUCUCAACGAUCUACUGGCUGGGAGAUAAAUGACCAGAAGGCAGCGACUCAAAACCAACUAGUGAUUUACACGGAGGCGCGAUGGAGAGCAAGGGGUUACUUCGCUGUAAGAUUGUGGUUGUCGGUGAUUCGCAAUGUGGCAAGACUGCUCUUCUUCAUGUUUUUGCCAAAGAUUCGUACCCAGAGAAUUAUGUUCCCACGGUGUUUGAGAAUUACACAGCCAGCUUUGAGAUCGACAAGCAGAGGAUCGAGCUCAACAUGUGGGACACAUCAGGUUCAUCCUACUAUGACAAUGUUCGGCCAUUAGCGUACCCUGACUCAGACGCUGUGCUCAUCUGCUUCGACAUCAGCCGUCCGGAGACUCUGGACAGCGUGCUGAAAAAGUGGCAAGGUGAGACGCAGGAGUUCUGUCCAAAUGCCAAAGUGGUGCUGGUUGGCUGCAAACUGGACAUGAGGACGGACCUCAAUGUCAUGAGAGAGCUUUCCAAACAUAGACUCAUCCCUGUCACCCAUGAACAGGGUACUAGUUUGGCCAGACAGAUUGGUGCGGUGGCCUAUGCAGAAUGCACCUCCAAAUACUCUGAAAACAGCGUCCGUGAUGUAUUCCACGUCACUACUCUGGCUUCUGUGUCCAACAUUCAUCGGCCUCAGCUCAAACGUGCUGGCUCACGUCGCGGCCUCAAGCGGAUCUCGCAGCAGCCUCCACGGACUGAGAUUCAUGAGCACCCGCCUGCCAUCAGAAAGGAUCGAGCCAAAAGCUGCGUGCUCAUGUAGGACCAAAGCUUACAAACAACCUGACCUGUGUGUUAUGAACUGUUCUGCACAUGAACUUAAUUUAUUGGUGAAUUCUUGUCCGAUCGUUGCACUGCAUAAAGGACAAUGUGGUGAAAACAAGAAUGAAUGCUAUCCUGUGGAGCUUUUAGGGGGAUUGUUUGUCCACUUUUUAGUAAAGCUCAGCUUGUUAUUUUUCUUUGUGGCUGUGUUCUCAUCAGGGGAGGCCAUUGUAGUGGCUAUGACUAUUUUUUUCAAGCUUUUACAUGAACUAGAGGACAGAACAGGCUGGUUUGCAAAGAAAAUACAGAACAGAAAACUAGUGAGUGUUGCGAUCAAAAGAAAAAAAAUUAGCAGGAAGCAGGAGUAACAGCGCUGGUUUUUACCUCUAAUGUGUUGUUUCCUGUUCAAAAUGCUUCCGUCUUCGAGUUUGAAUAAAUAAAGCACAAAAAGAUACAUAAAAAGGUGUUCUGAGAAAUCUGUAAAUAAGAGACGGAGCUCUGAUGUUUUACAUAUGAUAAAUUAAAAAAAAUCUGGACUGGCAAAGAGACAAACAAAACCCACUUUUUGGCUAAAAUGACACAAAUUUUCUUAAACCAUAAGUGCAUUUAUUAUAAAAAAAAAAAACUAAAUAAUAACUCACUAUAUAAUACUGAGGUGUUGUGUUAUUAAUAUUUGUUCUAAUGAUCUA